UCGGACAGACGCACUCGCACUACUCCACCAUAUCAUUUUCUCUGCCACUUCCAUUCUGCUGCCACCUCUUUCUCUUUUUUGCACCCUCCACAGCCGCCAAUUAAUUGUCGCUUACGGCCUGUUACUUGCAGAGGUCGUCCGUGCCAGUGAGCACUUCACACACGCGGGGCAUUCAAGUCCCUCCACAAAACCUUCCGAAGAAAUCACAUCGUAAAAUACCGCCAAGAUGGUCAACUUCACCGUCGAGGAGAUCCGUGCUCUCAUGGACAACCCGGUCAACAUCCGUAACAUGUCCGUCAUUGCCCACGUCGACCACGGAAAGUCCACCUUGACCGACUCUCUCGUCCAGCGAGCUGGUAUUAUCUCAGCCAAGAACGCCGGUUCCGCUCGUUUCACAGACACACGUCCUGAUGAGCAAGAACGAGGUGUCACCAUCAAGUCUACCGCCAUCUCCCUUUUCGGUCAGCUUCCUGACGCAGAGGAUCUCAAGGACAUCCCGGUCAAGACCGAGAAGAACGAGUUCUUGAUCAACUUGAUUGACUCGCCUGGUCACGUUGACUUCUCGUCCGAGGUUACUGCCGCUCUCCGUGUCACCGACGGUGCCCUUGUUGUCGUUGACACGAUCGAAGGUGUCUGUGUGCAGACCGAGACUGUCCUUCGUCAGGCCCUCGGUGAGCGUAUUAAGCCUGUUGUCAUCAUCAACAAGGUCGACCGUGCGCUUCUUGAGCUUCAAUUGUCCAAGGAGGAUCUCUUCCAGAACUUUGCCCGUGUCAUUGAGUCCGUCAAUGUCGUCAUCUCCACCUACUUCGACAAGACUCUCGGAGAUUGCCAGGUUUACCCCGAGAAGGGUACCAUUGCUUUCGGUUCUGGUCUUCACGGCUGGGCUUUCACCGUCCGUCAGUUCGCCACUAGAUACUCGAAGAAGUUCGGUGUCGACAAGAACAAGAUGAUGGAGAGACUUUGGGGCGAAUCAUACUUCAACCCUCACACCAAGAAGUGGACCAAGGUUUCCACCCACGAGGGCAAGCCACUCGAGCGUGCUUUCAACCAGUUCUGCUUGGACCCCAUCUUCCGUAUCUUUGACAGCGUCAUGAACUUCAAGAAGGAUGCCGUUGAGACCCUCCUCACCAAGCUUGAGAUCAAGCUUGCCUCUGACGAGAAGGAUCUCGAGGGUAAGCAGCUUCUUAAGGUUGUCAUGCGCAAGUUCUUGCCAGCUGCCGAUGCACUUCUUGAGAUGAUGGUUCUUCACUUGCCAUCACCCGCCACCGCACAGAAGUACCGUAUGGAGACUCUCUACGAGGGUCCUCCGGACGACGAGUCCGCCAUUGCCAUCCGCGAUUGUGAUGCCAAGGGACCUCUCAUGCUUUACGUUUCCAAGAUGGUGCCCACCUCCGACAAGGGUCGUUUCUACGCUUUCGGUCGUGUCUUCGCUGGUACCGCUCGUUCUGGUCUCAAGGUCCGCAUUCAGGGCCCCAACUACGUUCCCGGCAAGAAGGAAGACAUGUUCCUCAAGUCGAUCCAGCGUACCAUCCUCAUGAUGGGUCGUUACACCGAGCCUAUCGAGGAUGUCCCCGCUGGUAACAUUCUUGGCCUUGUCGGUAUCGACCAGUUCUUGCUCAAGUCUGGUACCCUCACCACCUCCGAGACUUCUCACAACUUGAAGGUCAUGAAGUUCUCCGUUUCGCCCGUCGUGCAGCGAUCCGUUGAGGUCAAGAACGCCAACGACUUGCCCAAGCUUGUCGAAGGUCUCAAGCGUCUGUCCAAGUCGGAUCCUUGUGUCUUGACCUACAUCUCCGAGUCCGGUGAGCACGUCGUUGCUGGUGCCGGUGAGCUUCAUCUCGAAAUUUGCUUGAAGGAUCUCGAGGAGGACCACGCUGGUGUACCUCUCCGCAUCUCUGACCCCGUCGUUCAAUAUCGUGAGACCGUCUCUGCCGACUCAAGGAUUACUGCGCUGUCCAAGUCGCCCAACAAGCACAACCGUCUGUACGUCAUUGCCAGCCCACUUGCCGAGGAGGUCUCCAAGGACAUUGAGUCUGGCAAGAUCGGUCCACGUGACGAUUUCAAGGCCCGUGCCCGUAUCCUUGCCGACGACCACGGCUGGGAUGUCACUGAUGCCCGUAAGAUUUGGUGCUUCGGUCCUGACACCAACGGUGCCAACUUGCUCGUUGACCAGACCAAGGCCGUGCAGUACCUCAGUGAAAUCAAGGAUUCCGUCGUCUCUGGUUUCCAGUGGGCGACCAAGGAAGGUCCGGUUGCUGAAGAGCCCAUGCGCAACGUCCGCUUCAACAUCAUGGAUGUCACCCUCCACGCUGAUGCCAUUCACCGUGGUGGUGGACAGAUCAUUCCCACCGCGCGUCGUGUUCUCUACGCUUCCGCCCUUCUUGCUGACCCCGGUCUCCUUGAGCCCGUUUUCUUGGUCGAGAUUCAAGUUCCGGAACAAGCUAUGGGUGGUAUCUAUGGUGUGCUCACUCGACGAAGAGGUCACGUUUUCGAGGAGGCCCAGCGCCCUGGUACUCCUUUAUUCAACAUCAAGGCUUACCUGCCCGUCAACGAGUCUUUCGGUUUCAAUGCUGAUCUCCGCCAGGCCACUGGUGGCCAGGCCUUCCCUCAAUCAGUGUUCGACCACUGGCAGAUUCUCACCGGCGGUAGCGUGCUCGACAAGACCACUCUGUCGGGUAAGAUCGUCGAGGACAUGCGGAAGCGCAAGGGUCUCAAGCCUGACGUUCCGGGCUACGAGAACUACUACGACAAGCUGUAAAUAGUUUACCUUUUCGAUUUCAAUGUUAAUUGGUACGGCCUUUGGGGAAUUAUGAAUCGGUCUGGACGCGAGGAUGACUGUCAAGCCAGCCGUGGGACGGAAAAGCUAGAUGC